AUGCUCAUUUCAGCCGCUACAACAAUCCGCGACCAGCGAGAGGACCCCCAUAUAGUCACAUUCUCGCCCAAGGUCUUCAUUCCAGUCACAUUCCUCUGCAGGGACACAUGCGCCUACUGCACCUUUGCCAAGCCUCCGGAUCAGGUUCGGCGCGUGUACAUGACCGAAGCUGAGGUGCUGGAAGUGGCUCGGGCCGGAGCUGCGGUCGGGUGUGUGGAGGCUCUGUUUACUCUGGGUGAUAAACCAGAGCUGAGAUAUGAGGAGGCGAGGAAAGAGCUGCAGGAGCUGGGAUUCGCCUCUACCAUACACUACGUCGCCCAUUUAGCAGCCAGAGUGCUACAGUGCACCGGUCUCCUUCCACACGUCAACGCAGGCACCAUGGGGGCGGCAGACCUUGUCCUUUUGCGCCACGUGGCGGCCAGCCAGGGGCUGAUGCUGGAGAGCACGGCCGAGGGGCUGAUGAAGCCCGGUGGGGCCCACUGGGGAUGUCCAGAUAAGGAGGCGAGUGUGAGGCUGGCUACAAUCAAAGCUGCUGGUGCUGCCCGUAUACCCUUUACAAGCGGUCUCCUUGUGGGUAUAGGCGAGACAAGGGCCGACAGAUUAAGAGACCUGCUAACACUUCGAGACCUUCACUCCCGCUACGGGCACAUACAGGAGAUGAUCAUUCAGCCGUUCCGAGCCAAGGAGCAGACGAGGAUGGGGGGGUGGGGCCAUGCAGAAGUGGAGGAGCUGCUGUGGAGCGUGGCGAUGGCGAGAAUCAUGUUUGGGGCUCAUAUGAGCAUCCAGUCUCCACCCAACCUGAGUGCGGGGGACUUGGCUCAGAGUGCACUCAUAGCAGCGGGGAUCAACGACUGGGGAGGGAUCUCUCCAGUCACAGUUGACUGGGUCAACCCUGAGGCCCCCUGGCCGCACAUUCACGAGCUGGCGGCAGUCACUGCAGCUUCUGGGAAGGUUCUCGUGCCUCGCCUGCCGGUCUACCCCACCUUUCUGUCACUGCACAACCAAGACACCAAUGGCCUUGCAAACACUGGUGCCCCUGCCCCCUGCCGUCCCUCCCCUGGGCUGGGCAUGAACGGAUCCACAUUCGUUUUCCAUGUAGAUCCACAUCCUAUCCUGCAGCCGUUGACUUUGGAGUCGACUCAAAAGUCAACUCCCCUGGGCAUGAGCGGAUCCACAUUCGUUUUCCAUGUAGAUCCACAUCCUCUCCUGCAGCCGUUGACUUUGGAGUCGACUCAAAAUUCAACUCCCCUGGGCAUGAGCGGAUCCACAUUCGUUUUCCAUGUAGAUCCACAUCCUCUCCUGCAGCCGUUGACUUUGGAGUCGACUCAAAAGUCAACUCCCCUGGGCAUGAGCGGAUCCACAUUCGUUUUCCAUGUAGAUCCACAUCCUCUCCUGCAGCCGUUGACUUUGGAGUCGACUCAAAAGUCAACUCCCCUGGGCAUGAGCGGAUCCACAUUCGUUUUCCAUGUAGAUCCACAUCCUCUCCUGCAGCCGUGCAUCCAUGUCCGUUUCCCAGCCUCUCCUUCUCCCUGCCGCCCUCUGCCUGCCUGCCAGGACCCCGUGGCCCUUCCCUGCGUCCUGCAACUCUCAGACAGAUCAGGCUAUGCAAAGGUGCCAGCAGUGGGCUCCUGGAACGCUGCUGCCCCUGCCACCUGGACCCCAUGGCCCUUCCCUGCGUCCUGCAACUCUCAGACAGAUCAGGCUAUGCAAGGACCCCGUGGUCCUUCCCCACGUGCUCCCGCACUCAGACGGUUGCGGCUAUGCGGGGUGCCAGCAGUGGGCGCCUGGGACGCUGCUGCCCCUGCCGCCUGGUGCAGAGGGCUUGCUUGUAGCAGCCCCUCACUGUGUCCCUGCUGCCCUCACUUUGUCUCUCCCUGCCUCCAGGACCCCGUGGUUCUUCCCCACAUCCUCCAGCACUCAGACGGUUGCGGCUAUGCGGGGUGCCAGCAGUGGGCGCCUGGAACACUGCUGCCCCUGCCACCUGGUGCAGAGGGCUUAAUAGCAGCAGCAGCAGCAGCAUCUAAGUCUCCUGUCUCUGCCCCUGUCUCUGCCCCUGUCUCUGCCCCUGUCUCUGCCCCUGUCUCUGCCCCUGUCUCUGCCCCUGUCUCUGCCCCUGUCUCUGCCCCUGUCUCUGCCCCUGUCUCUGCCCCUGUCUCUGCCCCUGUCUACGGCCCUGUCUCCCUGCCACCAGGACCCCAUGGUCCUUCCCCACAUUCUACAACUCUCAGACAGCUCUGGCUAUGCGAGGUGCCAGCAGUGGGCGCCUGGGACGCUGCUGCCCCUGCCACCAGUGCCCCUUUUCUCCUGCCCCUUUUCUCCUGCACCUCAUACGAGCACCUCAUGCACCUCAUGCACCCCAUGCACCCCAUGCACCCCAUGCACCCCAUGCACCCCAUGCACCUCAUGCACCCCAUGCACCUCAUGCACCCCAUGCACCUCAUGCACCCCAUGCACCUCAUGCACCCCAUGCACCCCAUGCACCCCAUGCACCCCAUGCACCUCAUGCACCCCAUGCACCCCAUGCACCCCAUGCACCCCAUGCACCCCAUGCACCUCAUGCACCCCAUGCACCCCAUGCACCUCAUGCACCCCAUGCACCCCAUGCACCCCAUGCACCCUAUGCACCCCAUGCACCCCAUGCACCUCAUGCACCCCAUGCACCCCAUGCACCCCAUGCACCCUAUGCACCCCAUCCACCUCAUGCACCCCAUGCACUCCAUGCACCCCAUGCACCCCAUGCACCCCAUGCACCUCAUGCACCCCAUGCACCCCAUGCACCCCAUGCACCCCAUGCACCCCAUGCACCCCAUGCACCUCAUGCACCCCAUGCACCCCAUGCACCUCAUGCACCCCAUGCACCCCAUGCACCCCAUGCACCCCAUGCACCCCAUGCACCCCAUGCACCCCAUGCACCUCAUGCACCCCAUGCACCUCAUGCACCCCAUGCACCUCAUGCACCCCAUGCACCUCAUGCACCCCAUGCACCCCAUGCACCCCAUGCACCCCAUGCACCUCAUGCACCCCAUGCACCCCAUGCACCUCAUGCACCCCAUGCACCCCAUGCACCCCAUGCACCCCAUGCACCCCAUGCACCUCAUGCACCCCAUGCACCCCAUGCACCCCAUGCACCCCAUGCACCCCAUGCACCCCAUGCACCCCAUGCACCCCAUGCACCCCAUGCACCUCAUGCACCCCAUGCACCCCAUGCACCCCAUGCACCUCAUGCACCCCAUGCACCCCAUGCACCCCAUGCACCCCAUGCACCCCAUGCACCUCAUGCACCCCAUGCACCCCAUGCACCUCAUGCACCCCAUGCACCCCAUGCACCCCAUGCACCCCAUGCACCUCAUGCACCCCAUGCACCCCAUGCACCCCAUGCACCCCAUGCACCCCAUGCACCUCAUGCACCCCAUGCACCCCAUGCACCUCAUGCACCCCAUGCACCCCAUGCACCCCAUGCACCCCAUGCACCUCAUGCACCCCAUGCACCCCAUGCACCCCAUGCACCCCAUGCACCCCAUGCACCUCAUGCACCCCAUGCACCCCAUGCACCUCAUGCACCCCAUGCACCCCAUGCACCUCAUGUUGUGGUCGUUCACUUUCUGCACAGCAACUGAUAUCCUGUUUGUGUGCAACUUUAGAGAUGGGCUGAGAGCGGUGGUGAGCGGUGACGUGGUGUCGUACGUGGUGAACCGCAACAUCAACUACACCAACGUGUGCACCUAUGCCUGCCAGUUCUGCGCUUUCAGAAUGUCUCUAGAGGAGAUCAGCAGUCGAGCCAAGGAGGCAUGGGAGAGAGGCGCAACAGAGGUCUGCAUGCAGGUGCCCCAGAGAGGCAUGCACCCGGACUCCACAGGAGAAACCUACCUCUCCACCUCCCCAUCGUCAAGCCUCGAAGGCCCUGCCUCUCCUCCCUCGUGCUCCCCUGUCUCUCUAUCCCUGUGUGCCCCAAUUCUUACCCCCCAGGGAGGCAUACACCCGGACUUCACAGGGGAGACCUACCUCUCCAUCCUCUCGGCUGUCAAGGCAGCAUGUCCCGACAUGCACGUGCAUGCCUUCUCGCCUCUGGAGGUCUGGCAUGGUGCCACAUCCCUCAACUGCAGCGUGCCGCAAUUUCUCAAGCUCCUGAAGGAUGCGGGUCUGGGUUCUCUGCCUGGAACGGCUGCUGAGAUCUUGGACGACUCAGUGCGAGCAGUGCUGUGCCCAGAUAAGAUCUCAACCGUCCAGUGGAGGGAGGUGAUCGAGGCCGCUCAUGCUGUGGGCCUCCCCACCACCUCCACCAUCAUGUUCGGCCACGUGGACCAUCCCAUCCACUGGUAA